AUGUUUUCAGGGGUGACGGGAAUCAUGAAUAGAGAACAUAAAAUCAAAGGGACCGUUGUGUUAAUGCGAAAGAAUGUGUUGGACUUCAACACCGUCGCUAAUAUUACCAGUGGAAAUGUUGGGGGACUCAUAGGAACCGGUCUCAACGUUGUUGGUUCCACAGUUGACAACCUAACUUCUUUUUUGGGCCGUAGCGUCUCACUCCAACUCAUUAGUGCUACCAAGGCUGAUGCAAAUGGAAAAGGAAAAGUUGGAAGGGAUACGUUCUUGGAAGGUAUUAUUUUCUCGUUACCAACUUUGGGAGCAGGAGAGUCUGCAUUCAAUAUUCAUUUUGAAUGGGACGAUAGCAUGGGAAUUCCCGGUGCAUUUUACAUAAAGAACUACAUGCAAGUUGAGUUUUACCUCAAAAGUUUGACUCUUGAAGACGUUCCAAACCAUGGAACUAUCCGCUUUGUUUGCAACUCAUGGGUUUACAACUCAAAACUUUACAAAAGCGAACGCAUUUUCUUUGCCAACAAUACGUAUCUUCCAAGUGAGACACCACCUCCACUUGUCAAGUACAGAGAAGAAGAAUUGAAGAUUUUAAGAGGAGAUGGAACAGGAGAGCGCAAGGAGCAUGAUAGGAUUUAUGAUUAUGAUGUGUACAAUGAUUUGGGCAAUCCAGAUCACGGUGAAAAGUUUACUCGCCCAGUUCUUGGAGGAUCUACCCAUCCCUACCCUCGUAGGGGAAGAACUGGUCGAUACCCAUCAAGGAAAGAUCCCAAGUGUGAGAAACCAGGCGAAGUUUAUGUUCCAAGAGAUGAAAAUUUUGGUCACUUAAAGUCCUCAGACUUUCUUACAUAUGGAAUAAAAUCUUUAUCUCAAUACGUGUUGCCAGCGUUUCAAUCUGCUUUCGAUUUGAAUUUCACGCGACCAGAGUUUGAUAGCUUCCAAGAGGUGCGUGACCUCUAUGAAGGUGGAAUUAAGCUACCUACCGACGUAAUUAGCACAAUUAGCCCCUUACCAGUUAUCAAAGAACUCUUCCGUACCGAUGGGGAACAGGUCCUCAAGUUUCCACCACCUCACGUUAUUCAAGUGAGUAAAUCUGCAUGGAUGACUGAUGAAGAAUUUGCAAGGGAAAUGCUUGCUGGUGUAAAUCCUUGCGUAAUUCGUGGUCUUCAAGAAUUUCCUCCAACAAGCAAUCUAGAUCCCACAAUCUAUGGUGAUCAAACCAGCAAGAUAACAGCAGAUGUCCUUAACCUAGACGGGUACACAGUGGACGAGGCACUUGCUAGCCGGAGGUUAUUUAUAUUAGAUUACCAUGAUAUAUUCAUGCCAUAUCUGAGGCAGAUAAAUCAGACUUAUGCCAAGGCUUAUGCUACAAGGACCAUCCUCUUUUUGAAAGAAAAUGGGUCAUUAAAGCCAGUGGCCAUAGAAUUAAGUUUGCCACAUCCUGGUGGGGAUCAAUCAGGUGCCAUUAGUCAAGUUAUCUUACCUGCAAAUGAAGGUGUUGAAAGUACAAUUUGGCUACUAGCCAAAGCUUAUGUGGUUGUAAAUGACUCUUGCUAUCAUCAACUCAUGAGUCAUUGGUUAAAUACUCAUGCAGUGAUGGAGCCAUUCAUCAUAGCAACAAACCGACAGCUUAGUGUGCUUCACCCAAUUUAUAAACUUCUAUCUCCUCACUAUCGUGACACCAUGAACAUCAAUGCACUUGCUAGGCAAUCUCUGAUUAAUGCUGAUGGCAUAAUAGAGAGAUCUUUUUUGCCUUCAAAGUAUGCUGUUGAGAUGUCUUCAGCGGUUUAUAAGAAUUGGGUUUUUCCUGAUCAAGCACUACCUGCUGAUCUUAUCAAGAGAGGAGUGGCAGUUAAGGAUUCAUCUUCCCCACAUGGACUUCGUCUUCUGAUAGAGGAUUACCCUUAUGCUGUUGAUGGAUUAGAGAUAUGGGGUGUUAUUAACACAUGGGCCCAAGAGUAUGUCUCGUUGUACUAUUCAACAAACGAUGAUGUCAGAGCUGAUUCUGAGCUCCAACAUUGGUGGAAAGAAGCUGUAGAAAUAGGUCAUGGGGAUUUGAAAGAAAAGCCAUGGUGGCCUAAGUUGCAAACACUUGAAGAGCUUGUUGAAAUUUGCACUAUUAUCAUAUGGACUGCUUCAGCCCUUCAUGCAGCUGUUAAUUUUGGACAAUAUCCUUAUGGAGGUUAUAUCCUUAAUAGGCCAACUCUUAGUAGGAGAUUCAUGCCAGAGCAAGGGUCUGCUGAGUAUGCUGCCUUGGCUAAGAACCUUGAGAAGGAGUUUUUGAAAACUAUUACUGGCAAGCAAGAGACCCUUAUUGACCUCACUGUUAUUGAAAUCUUGUCAAGGCAUGCUUCUGAUGAGUUAUACCUUGGUCAGAGAGAUGGUGGUGACAAUUGGACUUUUGAUGCUGGCCCAUUAGAGGCCUUUAAGAAGUUUGGAAAGAAUCUUGCAGAUAUUGAGCAAAAACUCCAACAGAAGAACAAUGACGCUUCAUUGAGAAACCGCUAUGGGCCAGCUAAGAUGCCUUACACUUUGCUUUACCCUUCUAGUGAGGAAGGGUUGACUUUCAGAGGAAUUCCCAACAGUAUCUCUAUUUGAGAGCUCUAUGUUGCUCAAGUCCCAUGUUUGUUUCUAAAUAAAAGUGAAGUAGAGGACCUAUGUAUGGUUAAUGUAUGUAUUUGGGUUGGUGGGAUGUUUUCAUGUUUGGUAAUAAUAAAGAAAGAUGUGUUUGUGUAUAAUGGAAAAGUAAAUAAAAGUGACUGUGUGUUUGAGCUAUACUAGCAUUGCA